AGAAAACCUGUCAACCACAAUGUAAAUAGAGUCAUAACCACAUCGAGUCUUAGGCAAUCCCAGGACAAAAUCCAUGAUAAUGUCUUUCCAUGGAGCAUCUGGCACAAGCAACAGAGUAUAAAGAUCAGUAUCUGCUUGCCAACUUUGCCUAAUUGCCACACUCAACAUUGAUGAACAAUGACUUCAACAUCUUUCUUCAAACUCGAUUAAUAGAAACGGUCCCGGACCAGGGUUGUUUUUUCGAUACCAAAGUGACCACUGAGGCUACCUGAAUGAAGCUCUCUCAAGGAGCUUUUAGGAAAGACACAGCCUUGUUUCAUACAAUAAAUACCCAUUGUGCAAACUGUAUCGUGGAUACUCGAUGCCCGAGCCGACACAGCCAAUUACAAUAACAAUGGAGGACAACGAAGAAAUAACAACAUUCAAGGGCUUGGGUGUAUGUAAUGAAUUGGUUGAAGCGUGUGAGAGAUUGGGAUGGAAAAACCCAUCAAUGAUUCAAGCAAAAGCCAUUCCUCAUGCUUUAGAAGGAAAAGAUUUGAUUGGGCUUGCACAAACAGGUUCUGGGAAGACUGGAGCAUUUGCUCUCCCUAUUCUCCAAUCUCUUUUACAAACCCCACAGGCAUUCUUUGCCUGUAUCCUCUCUCCGACGAGGGAAUUAGCUAUUCAAAUUGCUGAACAAUUUGAAGCUCUGGGAUCUGAUAUUGGCGUGAAAUGUGCUGUGGUUGUUGGAGGAGUGGACAUGAUGCAACAAGCAAUCGCCCUGGCAAAGCGACCACAUGUUGUGGUUGGAACUCCAGGGCGCCUUUUGGAUCAUCUAUCCAAUACAAAAGGUUUUAGCCUUCGUACGUUGAAAUACUUGGUCUUGGAUGAGGCAGAUAGGUUGUUGAACAUGGAUUUUGAGAGAGAAAUUGACGAAAUAUUAAAGGUUAUCCCCCGGGAGAGGAAGACCUACUUAUUUUCAGCGACAAUGUCCAAAAAGGUGGACAAGCUUAAGCGGGCAUGCCUGAAAAAUCCUGCGAAGGUUGAGGUAUCAUCAAAGUAUUCCACUGUCGAUACACUGAAGCAACAGUUUUGCUUGGUUCCUGCAAAACAUAAGGACUGCUACCUUGUUUACAUUUUGAGCGAGAUGUCAGGAAGCACAUCCAUGGUUUUUACCCGUACAUGUGAAUCAACAAGGCUUCUUGCUUUGCUUCUGCGAAACCUUGGAUUAAAAGCCAUCCCCAUCAGCGGUCAAAUGAGCCAGGACAAGAGAUUGGGGGCCUUAAACAAGUUCAAGGCUGGAGAGUGCAACAUUCUCCUCUGCACUGACGUGGCCAGUAGAGGGCUUGAUAUUCCUUCAGUGGAUAUGGUUAUCAAUUAUGAUAUUCCCUCCAAUUCUAAGGAUUACAUUCAUCGUGUGGGCAGAACUGCACGUGCUGGGCGAUCUGGGGUUGCAAUUUCCUUGGUCAAUCAGUAUGAGCUGGAGUGGUACUUGCUAAUAGAGAGGCUAAUCGGCAAGAAGCUUCCUAAAUUUCCUUGCGAAGAAGAGGAAGUUCUGCUACUGCUGGAGCGUGUUGCGGAGGCAAAAAGAAUUUCCCUCAUGAAAAUCAAGGAGAGCUAUAGCAAGAAGAAAAGGAGAGGAGGGGAUAACGAUGGUGAGGAUGAAAGAGAUAUGAAUCAUAUGAUUCACAAGAAUGCGAAGGCAUCAAAGAAAUCAAGGAAUCGGUAAUGGUUAUGCUUUCCUUCACAUAGCAGGGAAAAUUAAGGAGAAACCAAGCACCAAAAAAGAAAGACAAGGCAUGGUAGAAUCAAGGGUGCAAUUUUGGGAGAUUCUACGAUUUUUGCAGACAGUUGAGCCUCCCCCCACCCCGAAAAAUUAUAGAUGGUAUGCCUUUCUUUUGCUAUUUAUGAAGUAUAUGCAAGUUUCACAUUUUUCUGGUUGUAAUCAAAAUCUCUUCUUGGAAUUUGUGCUCGAUCUUUGCAUGAUGGGUCCUGCCACCCCUAGCUGUGGCCCGCCAAUUGUGAGAAUGCAUGUUUGAGCGGAUCCAUUGAAACUAAUCACAUGCUUGAGCAUGAACGGUCAUUUAAAGUUGUAAACCAACAGCAAGAAAUUUAGAAGAGGAAUCCUGUUGUGUUUCA